AUGAUCUUCAAGAGUCUUCCGGACGCAGGAUCGUUAAAAAAGGACGAGUUGGGUAAAAACGACGAAGCAACAGCUCGUCUAUUCGUGCCCGUCAAGUCGAGAGGCCAUUCAACCAUCCGGAAAAGGGUCUGUGGAAUGCUAUUUCAACAGAGUCCAAUGCAACUCGUCCUGGCGCGUUUUGAUCUCGGCCGUCCAGCCUAUGCCGUGGCCGAGAAGGACCAAAUAAUUUGGUCUCACCUGACCUGUCCUGGAGCAGCCAAGCACGCUGGAGAUCUGCACAAUGGGCUUCUGGUCGAGGCCAAGACUGUUGGCCUGACGACCUGCUGUCACCACGUGAACGGCCAGCCAGUGGGCCACUCUGCUGGUCUCGGACUUGUCCGUACCGCUGACUCGCGUGGACGGCGGAGACGACUCGUUGGCAGCAGGCCUGACCAAUUCCGCAGAACAUUGGGCACUUUUGCACUCCUCCUCUGC